AUGGGAGUCUCUACCGUAACCUCGCUGUCCAUUGUGUCAGUAUUCCUCUUCAUCGCGUACAAGACAAUCAUAUACCCGGCUUUUCUGUCCCCAUUGUCGAAGAUACCAAAUGCACAUUGGUCAGCCUCGGUAUCUCCUGCCUGGAUACUCUGGAAGAGAUUCAGGAGUCAAAACAAUCGGACAAUUCAAGCCGCCCAUGAAAGACUUGGACCCAUUGUUCGGCUGAGUCCGUCCGAGAUCUCGGUGAACUGCGUUGAAGGAGGGAUCAAGACCAUUUAUACCGGAGGCUUCGAGAAGCAUGAUUGGUAUCCCCGUGUAUUUGGGUCAUUUGGUACUGUCAGCAUGUUCACUAUGACGGGGAGCAAAGACCACUCGGUUCGCAAGAGGAUGAUCUCAAACAUUUACAGCAAGUCGUUUCUACAGUCGUCUCCUCAUAUGCGUAUCAUUUCAAAGACAAUGAUCUACGACCGUCUUCUCCCAAUCCUAUAUGAAGCAGCCACUUCCGACACUCCAGUUGAUGUUCACGAUCUCAACCAAGGGUUAACAAUGGACUUUGUUUCUGCAUACCUAUAUGGCCUGAAGAACGCCACGAAUUUCCUCCAGGACACAUCUUACAGGCAAAGGAUGAUUUACCUUUAUCAAUGCAGAAAGCCGUUUGAGUUUUACCACCAAGAAGUCCCCAACCUGAUCUCGUGGGCGAAGUCCGUGGGCAUCCGCCUGAUACCGCGCUGGUGUGACCAGGCCAACGAGAUCCUUGAUACUUGGGCACUGGGGCUCUGCGACAAGGCAGAGGCAUGCCUGAGCUCGACCAAGCUCGAAGAUGAGCCCACUGUAUAUAGGCAACUCAGACAGACUAUUUCCAAGCAGCUCCCUGCGAAGGAUGAUCCAGAGUCCUAUGCGCAGAAUCCCAAGCAACAACGGCUUGAGAUUGCCUGUGAAUUGUAUGACCAUCUUACGGCUGGCCACGAGACUAGUGCUGUUGCUCUCACCUACCUUUUCUGGGAACUCUCGAAGCAUCCUGAACUGCAGAAAGCCCUUCGCGAGGAACUGUCUACUCUCGACCCGAAGAUUGUAUAUCCUCCACCGUCCGCUUCUGCAGAGCUGCCCUCGGCAAAGUCCAUCGAUUCGUUGCCUUUACUCGAGGCAAUAGUCACGGAGACAUUGCGCCUGCACGCACCAAUCCCAGGAAUACAGCCUAGGGUGACACCCUCUCCAUCGUGCACUCUUGCUGGAUACAAAGAUAUUCCUGCAGAUACCAGGGUGAACGCACAGGCCUAUUCCCUUCACCGCAACCCGGAGGUUUUCCCAGAACCCGAGAACUGGGAACCGAAACGGUGGCUGAAAGGAAUCAAUUCCCCCUCUGAGCUGGAUGAGAGAAGAAGGUGGUUCUGGGCUUUUGGAAGUGGCGGCAGAAUGUGUGUAGGGAGCAACUUGGCUUUACAGGGUUCGGCAGGUCUUUCCUCGUGUGCAAAUAUCAAGCUGACAUGUCCACAGAGAUGA